AUGGAAACCAUAAUAAGUCGACAAACAAGCGGAUCCGAUCCUAUAGAUGUAGUUGAGCUGAUUCUUGAUGAUUGAAAAGGCAACUCCAUAUCAGAGCGCGACAAAAUUUUAAUCGAAGGUUUUGUUCAUUUGGAAUUUGUGUCAUUUAAUAAUUGUGGGAUUGAACAUAUUGACAAUUUUCCUGACUUACCAAAUCUUAUCAAAUUAGAUCUUACUCUCCUCUUCCGUAAGCAAACAAACCAUUGGAAAAAUCCCUAUUUUUUGCCCAAAAACCUACCCUCCGUGAGCGAACACAAAUUUUUUAUGAAAAAAAAAAUUGAUAUAUAAGUGAUAAUUAUUAUAAUGAAAUCUCUAGCUACUUCUGUUUAUUUUUUUAAGCAGCUUGCAUUUUAAAAACAUAAAUUUUGCAAAUUAAAUUAAUUUUUACAAAUUGGAAUUUUUUUAAUUUUCGAAAAAAAAAUUCUAUAAAAUUUAUAUAUAAAUUUUUUAAAAAAAAUGAAUCCCCUCAGUGAGCGAACAAAAUAUUUUUGUUCGCUCACCGAGGGGGGAGAGUUAGCAACAAUAAAAUUUCAAGCGGCCUAAUGAAUCUCACUCAUUUGAAUGAACUAAUGCAAAUAUCAUUAUCCGGUAACAAAAUUAAAAGUUUUGAUGAAAUAAGCCACCUAUCAAGCCUAGAAAACUUGAUUUGUAUGGAUAUUGAAAGGUGCCCAAUUGCUGAUACUCCAGAUUAUACUCAAAAAAUUUUCGAUGCAAUUCCUCAGCUGCAAAUUUUGAAUGAGAGAGAUAGGCUGGGAAAUAAGGUCAAUAUUUAUUCAGAUGAAGAGGAAGAAGAGAAACAAGAAAACGGAGGAAAUGGAGAAAAGGGGCAGAGUGAGGAGGAUGAAGGAUCCGAAGAAGAUGAAGAGGAAGAUCAGGGUGACGUGGACUAUGCAGAAGAAUUAGGGGAGUUUAGCGAUAGUGAGUUUUUUGACUUGACUGGAUUUGAAAGUUUUCCGAAAAAAAGGAACAGAGAAGGAGAAGCCACCGAUGAAGUGAAGAAAAGAUAG